AUGAAAUUUAGUAUAGUCAUCAUAUUGGUCAGUUGCCUGAUAUACCAGGUGGCUACCUCUUUGGGCAGUCUUUCCAAGCAUCAGAGGAGUAAAAGAGCCCCGAUACCCUGGCUUAUAUACCCCACCACAUCGCCCACUCGUGUUAUGUUCAUUGGCGGCAUAGGUAUACCGCUCGAGGAUCUUAACUACGAGGCCGUGACCACCGGAUAUGUCCUGAAGGUGGAGUACUGGCUGCCCACGGAUCCCGAUGAACUGAGAACUCCCACAGCUCUGCCCCUCACCCAAGUGGCCACGCCCGGAGUCACAGGAGCGCGAAAACAAAGGAAACCCAUGUUCGAGAACUUUCUAGUAGGAGUGGAUGAGCUGGGCAAGAACACCAGGAAGCUAUUGACCCGAACCAACAAGGUCUUGAGCAGCUAUCGCUGGACAGUCUACAAGGGACUGGAGGGACUGGCCGAUCGCCUGGGCUACCAGGGAAGGAUCUGUGUGCUGAAAAGCAUCUGCGAGGCCGCCGAGGAGCCCUUCCAUUACACUAAUGGGCUAUUUGCCGAUCUCUUGCAUAUUUUACUCACACCCUCCUCCUCGGUGGACAAAUUGUCUGAGCAUGCGGACAACGAGUAUUAUUAUGCCGAAAAGGUGGGACAAUCGGGAGCUGGCUGCGAUCGAGUCUUUAAGGAGUGUAGACUUAGCCUCCUCCAGCACUUCAGUGAACUCCAUCACAACCUGGACAAGAUCUUGUUUUGA